AUGACCGCGAAUUUCAAAAAUAGAAGUGCACUUUGCUAUCUCGAUGAAAAUUUGAACGGCAAUUCGUACAGCGAAAGUGAAAAAAAUUUCCUAAAGAACAACAUAAACUGGAACAAAAUAAACGUAUUAAAAUGUAACAAGAAGGAAAAUGAACAGUACAGCAGCAGGAGCAUCAGCGCCGACAUCAUUAUGGAUAUACCUAGGGGCAACAACAACCAUUCUAACGGUGUGAACUAUAACCAUACUGACCGUGUGAACUACAACUAUGCUAACAGUGUGAAGUACAACAAGGUUAGCAUAAAUUACGGAAGUGCGCAAAAUUUCAAUAGCAACUUCUAUUCGGGUGAUGCAAGUCUAAUGGACAGAAGUGUUCUAAGCAAAAGGAAGUACAACCAUCUGUCUGAAGAAUAUGAGGAAAGGAAAAGAAAGCUUUCACCGUUGGAUAUGUUCCAGGACGCCCAUGAUGAUGAUAGUAAAUGGGUUGAUGAUGACGGUGAUGGCCACGUCGAUGCCGCAGAAUGGCACGCAAAUCCUAAUGAAGACCGCUUUAAAAACAAAUACGAUUUUCAGUUUGUCCAGAAUUAUAAAAAUGUCUAUCUGAAUGAAGGCGCAAGCGCCCGUGGGAUGGUCCAGGGGAGAAUCCCAAAGAAACAGAUGCAGCAUGUGCAUCAUAUGCAACAGGAGGAACAGGAAGAGGGAGAUGAUGAGGAGGAUGAUCAUGGGAACGUUCGUGUCAAGAGCCAAGUGUACAAAGAUGAGAGUACUAGUGCAGAGCUGUAUGAGGACAUCCCAAACGCGGACGGAAGCAGGAAUAACAAAGUGGAGGGUAAAUACCAAAUUGAUAAAAUCUACGGAACGUGCUUCGAAAAUAUCGAAAAUUCGUUUAUCCUAACGAAAAAAAUGAAAAAGAGGUAUAAACAUUUUAUACAAAAUGAAAAGAAAAAAAAAAAAAAUAAAAAAGAUAGAUAUAUGAACGAGUCAGAUGGAAAUGUCUAUAGAAGUAUUCUCGGGGGAAACAGGUUCCCGUGCCCAGAUGACAUGGGGAUGAACUAUGCGCUGGAGGAAGAGGAGACAGUGGAGAAAACGUUGGAAGAUGAAGUAGAAGUUCAAGGGGAAGAAUAUUUUAACAAUACACCGAAGAAUUACCACCCUUCUCGUGAGACCAACGAUAUGAAGGAAGUUAUUGAUAUUUUUAAUGGUGCACAUGAAAAGGCCGAAGAGAGGAAUAAGUGCAGUGAUAGUAAAAAUGAGGACACAAGAAUGAACGAAUUAGACGGUGAUUGUAAUUACACACGGAAUGACGAGCGGAAUGACCAUUCAUUCGAGAGUGGUAGGUUGGGUCAACAACAGAAUAGUAACAAUGACGAUGGCCAUAGCGGGGGAGAUGUUCACCCGACGGAUGCACAAUCAAUUUUAACAGAACCAGAAAAGGAAACACAAUUCUUUACGCCAUCCCAAACGGUCGACCCUGGGAAUGUCAUAAGUACGUUCAAAGAUAACGGAGACGAAUCGGAGCAGGACCAAGCAGAAGAACAUAUGAAUCAACACACUGUAGACGAAGAGAAGAUAUCAAGUGUGAGCCCUUACAAGGGAGUUAACAUAUCCAUACCAGAGGAAGAAGUAAAUGUGAAGGAAGGAAAGAAGAGAGGAGUGGAGGAAGAUGUAGAAACAAAUGACAGUAACAGUGAAAAUGGUAAUGUUCUGAAAUCCUUCUAUGAUUUGAAUCAUGUGCCAAUGAGCGGAAAUUCGUUGCAGAAGAGAACUUUGGAAGAGUGCAAUGACGCUUCCCUGGAGGAAAAGAGUUUCCCCGUCGUAUGUGAGGAGAAUAAGAAUGUGGAGGACAACGAGAUGUUGAAUAAGGGAAGGGAGGAUGCAUCACCAGGUUUAGGUGGCAAAAUGGAAGAUGCUAAUAUCAGCCCCGUAGGCCUUUUUGACAAACAGAAGGAUGGAAUUAUGGAUCCUGUAGAUACAAUUAACAAUGCUGUAGAUUCCUUUAACGAACAGAUAAAUGAAGGGACGACCGUAGAAAAGGAGAAAAAUGAAGUUGGCGAAAACUGUCAAAUGAAAGUGGAAGGGGCGAAGGAGAACAGAGAAGUUAAUUCGCCAUCCACAGUGGUUAAAAUCAAACAGGAAAACUGCGAAGAAGAUAUUAGGAAGGAAGGAAUGUUAGCAGACAGUAACGCCAGUACAAUGGAUAAUCUGAAGGAAAUUUCUGGAACCGUUGGGAUAAAGAUGGAGCCAUCUAGCCAUUGUGAAGAGCAUUAUGAGGAUAGGCAACAUGAAGCUUCGCCAGUUCAGGUGCAAAGUAUACCAAUGGAUGCAUCUCAGAGUGGAGACGCCGACAAAUGUCCGAAAACAGUUGGCGAAAGUGUUAGCAGUGGAACGAGCGGGAAGGAUACAGACAGGAGCAGUGGUCAAUCAGGUGACAACGGGCAAAGUAAAAGGGGAAGUGUGUUUUAUGAAAAUAUGUCAAGCAAAUUUUCUAGAAUUUUCGGUUUCUCCUCGAGAAAGGUAAACAAUAAUGAAUCGGACGAUGAGUCGGACAGUGAAGGGGAGAGUAGAGACAGGAGAAGGUACAGCGACGACGACAAUGAAGAAAAUGGGGAGACAAACGAAAGUGAUGAGGAUGAGCAGAAGGAAGGGAACGAACCGAAUGAUCCGAAUGAAGGGCGCACAGAUGAGGCGUCCCAUUCGAUGGAACAAGCACAAGGCGAGAGUGCCCAAAUGGUUAGCACAGCUCAGUUGAAAGAUGCCACGGGAGAAGGCGAUAAAGUCAACGAUGAACAUGUCCCGAGUGAAGGAAAACCAGGUGAAGACAAUGAAAAUUUGCAAACCUAUGAAAAGAGGGAUAGGAAUGAUGGGGAUGAUGGGGGUGAUGGGGGUGAUGGGGAUGAUGGGGGUGAUGGGGGUGAUGGGGAUGAUGGAAAUGGUAGGAAUGAUAGGAAUGAUGGGGAAGAUGGGAAUGGUGGUAAUGAUGAAGAUGAUGGUCAUGGCAAGGUUGGUGAGAACAUUCCUAACAACGUUGGUGAAGGGAGCGUGCCCAGCAGGAUGGGAAACGCGAAGAAACCCGUGGGGACGAAGAAAGUUAAUAGGAGAAAAAUGCCCCGUGUUAAGAGGGAACCCCUCGGCGGAGCCAACUCAGCAGAAAUUGAAACAAGGACAUGUAACGUGUGCAGUAUGAUUUUUUCAAACACGAAUUUAAUGCAAAGACACAUGAUGAGCGUGCAUUCUGAUGAAAGGCCAUACGAGUGCGAUAUUUGUCUUAAGCGGUAUAAACGAGCAGACCACUUGAAACUGCAUCGGAUAAAACACGACCUAAAUAAAGAGGAGAAGAAGUUUCAGUGUUCCAUCUGUCAAAUGUUUUUCAAAUCGCCCAGACAGUUAAGGAAUUGUAAGUUGAAACAUAUAAGGUAUUCCAUAGCUAAGGAUGCCAUCGAGUGGGCCACAAGGGACCAGAUGGAAGGCGCUGUCAACGAGGUAGGUAACCAUUGGGAGGGUCAUUCGCACGAAGGGGAAAACGACAACAAUGGUAGGAUAGUGCAGAGCGGUGAAGACCAAGCAGAGGGAGAGGAGCACACUGGUGGUAGCGAGAGUGGCACAUUGAGGGAGGAUGCUACUGCGGAACAGAUGGGAGCUGAACUCAGUGUGCAGCAGGAAGAAGUGGACCAACAUCAAAUGGAAACUCAAGGCCAGGAAGCGAAGACAAAAGAGCGUCAAAUUGAAGCUCACGAGGAACAGGAGAAUGUAGAAGAGCGACUCCAAGUGAAGAAGGAGGACAGUAGCCCAAAUAGAAUUUCUGUCGAAAUUCGAACGUGCCAUGUGUGCAGUAUGAUUUUUUCAAAUAAGAAAUUAAUGCAAAGACACCUCAUGAGUGUGCAUUCAGAAUCAAGACCAUUCAAAUGCCACCUAUGCGUAAAAACAUAUAAGCGGUCUGAUCAUUUGAAGAAUCAUAUUUUAACCCAUAAAGAUAAUAAAGAGAAAAUAAAAUAUACUUGUUCCAUUUGCCAGUCUACUUUUGAUACUCCCAAAGACUUAAGAUCGCACAAAAUAAGGCACUACACAUGUCCAUAUGAAAAUUGCUCCUACUCCUAUUCAACCAUCUCGAAAAUGAAGUACCAUUUGAAUAAGCACAAAUGUAAUCUCUUCUAUACUUGUCCUGUGUGUGCCAAAAAAUUUCUCAUUUAUAAGGAGUUCAUACAACAUAAGAGAGGCUGUUUCGAAAAGAAGUACGUGUGCCUUCAGUGCAACAAAAUAUAUUUGCAUUCUAAUGGUUACAACAAGCAUAUACGGAAAGUCCAUUUGAAUAUCAUACAGAAUUACAAAUGUACUGUGAACAACUGCAGCAGGGAAUUUUGCUCAGAGUUCAGCUUGAAGGAGCACAUAAUAAAUUUCCAUCAUCGGGUGAAGCGUUUUUUCUGCGCCAAGUGCAACAUGUCCUUUGGCUAUAGGAGUUCUUUUCGCCGCCACAACAUGAACAUACACCCGUGA